CGGCCACAUCUGGCGGCUGCCCUCCCUUGUUUCCGCUGCAUCCAGACUUCCUCCGGCGGUGGCUGGAGCUACGCAUCUGGGGCUUUAAACAUACAAAGGCUUUGCCAGGACCGGCGAGAGCUGGCGGAGGCGGCGAGGGCUGGGGGCCGGACCAUGCGCCGCUGAGCCGGGCAAAGCCGAGGAGACCGAGUCGAACAGCCCCUGGGGGCGCAGCGCUGCGCGGGGGAGCAGGCGCCAGCCAGGCGGCGACGCGGCCACACGCACCGAGCCAGCAACCCCCCAGGCGACGCGCGGGGCCCGGGAGCGCAAUGACCGAGGCGCGAGUGGCUCGGGGCCCGCUGGCCGGCCCCCUGCGGGCGCUCUGCGUCCUGGGCUGCCUGUUGGGCCGCGCCGCCGCCGCGCCGUCGCCCAUCAUCAAGUUUCCUGGAGAUGUCGCCCCCAAAACGGACAAAGAGUUGGCUGUGCAAUACCUGAACACCUUCUAUGGCUGCCCCAAGGAGAGUUGUAACCUGUUUGUGCUGAAGGACACACUGAAGAAGAUGCAGAAGUUCUUCGGGCUACCCCAGACAGGUGAACUGGACCAGAGCACCAUCGAGACCAUGCGGAAGCCGCGCUGUGGCAACCCCGACGUGGCCAACUACAACUUCUUCCCCCGCAAGCCCAAGUGGGACAAGAACCAGAUCACCUACAGGAUCAUUGGCUACACCCCUGAUCUGGACCCCGAGACAGUGGACAAUGCCUUCGCUCGUGCCUUCCGAGUCUGGAGUGAUGUGACUCCACUGCGGUUUUCUCGGACCCAUGAUGGAGAAGCUGACAUCAUGAUCAACUUUGGCCGCUGGGAGCAUGGAGAUGGGUACCCUUUCGACGGCAAAGACGGGCUUCUGGCUCACGCCUUCGCCCCAGGCCCUGGCGUUGGGGGAGACUCUCACUUUGAUGACGAUGAGCUGUGGACCCUGGGAGAAGGGCAAGUGGUCCGCGUGAAGUAUGGGAACGCCGACGGGGAGUACUGCAAGUUCCCUUUCCUGUUCAACGGCAAGGAGUACACCAGCUGCACGGACACGGGCCGCAGCGACGGCUUCCUCUGGUGUUCCACCACUUACAACUUCGACAAGGACGGCAAGUACGGCUUCUGCCCCCAUGAAGCCCUGUUCACCAUGGGUGGCAACGCCGACGGACAGCCCUGCAAGUUCCCGUUCCGCUUCCAGGGUACAUCCUAUAGCAGCUGCACAACGGAGGGCCGCACCGAUGGCUACCGCUGGUGUGGUACCACCGAGGACUUCGACCGCGACAAGAAGUACGGCUUCUGCCCCGAGACUGCCAUGUCCACUGUGGGUGGGAACUCGGAAGGUGCCCCCUGUGUCUUCCCCUUCACCUUCCUGGGCAACAAGCACGAGAGCUGCACCAGCGCCGGCCGCAGCGAUGGGAAGUUGUGGUGCGCGACCACGGCCAACUACGACGAUGACCGCAAGUGGGGCUUCUGCCCCGACCAAGGGUACAGCCUGUUCCUCGUGGCAGCCCAUGAGUUUGGCCAUGCAAUGGGGCUGGAACACUCAGAGGAUCCCGGAGCCCUGAUGGCCCCCAUUUACACCUACACCAAGAACUUCCGCCUGUCGCAUGAUGACAUCAAGGGCAUUCAAGAGCUCUAUGGGGCCUCCCCUGACAUUGACACUGGCACCGGCCCCACGCCCACACUGGGCCCCAUCACUCCUGAGAUCUGCAAACAGGACAUCGUCUUCGAUGGCAUCUCUCAGAUCCGUGGGGAGAUCUUCUUCUUCAAGGACCGGUUCAUUUGGCGAACAGUGACACCACGUGACAAGCCCAUGGGGCCCCUGCUGGUGGCCACAUUCUGGCCUGAGCUCCCGGAAAAGAUCGAUGCUGUAUACGAGGCCCCACAGGAGGAGAAGGCUGUAUUCUUUGCAGGGAAUGAAUACUGGGUCUAUUCAGCCAGCACCCUGGAGCGAGGGUACCCCAAGCCGCUGACCAGCUUGGGGCUUCCUCCUGAUGUCCAAAAAGUGGAUGCUGCCUUUAACUGGAGCAAGAACAAGAAGACGUACAUCUUCGCUGGAGACAAAUUCUGGAGAUACAAUGAGGUGAAGAAGAAAAUGGAUCCCGGCUUCCCCAAGCUCAUCGCAGAUGCCUGGAACGCCAUCCCUGAUAACCUGGAUGCUGUGGUGGACCUGCAGGGCGGGGGUCACAGCUACUUCUUCAAGGGCGUGUAUUACCUGAAGUUGGAGAACCAAAGUCUGAAGAGCGUGAAGUUUGGAAGCAUCAAGUCCGACUGGCUGGGCUGCUGAGCUGUCUCUGCCUCCCCCAGGGCCUGCCUCUCUAUCACUUUCUGCACACCGGGCCCUGAGCAUCAGGGAAGGACCCGGAUGGGCCUGGCAGCCCUCAGCUCUGUAGUUAAUCAGCAUUCUCACUCCCACCUGGUAACUUAAGAAACCACAGAGUGGCUCUGCCCUGUGCUCCAAGAAAGGUGCUGAUUGUACCCGUCCCAGGUGCCCCUCCCCCUCCACACCUCACCAGCCCUCCAGAGCCACCCCCAAAGAGAUGCUUUGAUAUUCUCAAUGCAGCCUUGUCUUGGGCUGCCCUGGUGCUGCCACCCUUCAGGCUCUUCUCCUUCCACAACCUUCUGUGGCUUUACAGCACCCUUGGAGCCAACAGAGACUGUCUGAAGAGGGCACUGGUGGCCCGACAGCCUGGCCUGGCAUGGGGCAGUGGGAGAGGGGCAUGGCCCGGUGGCCACGCCAGACACCUGGCCUUCUCACUGCUGGCUGCCUUAGAACCGUCCCUACAUUAGCAGUUUGCUUUGUAUGCACUUUGUUUUUUUUUUUUUGUUUUGAUCUAUUUUUCCACUUUGAAAUUGCGUUUCCUGACAGAAGGACUCAGGUUAUCUGAAGUCACUGCACAAUGCAUCUCAGCCCACGUAGUGAUGGUCCCCUUGGUCACUCUAUUUAGUAUGUCCCUCCUCUGUCACUUACUCCACUGGAUGGAGGAAAACCAAACCCUGGCUCCUCACCCAGUCUUCCCUCCUCUCCCUUCAGCAGUUUCCCCGUGGGAAAAAUCAACAAGUAUGAAUAAAGACACCGAUUGAGUGGCCAUGUUGGCCGGCUGUUUUAGCAGAGACUAGAGAGGGGCCCCAGCCCCAGCCAGAAGAGGAAACUUAGAAAGUCUAAAUCUUCGCUCCCUGCAGCAUACAGGUAACAUAUGCUGGAAAGGUCACAGAUGCCCAAAUAAACAGCGAGAGACUCAGGGUGGGUGAGCUGGAGUCCCUCUGUCCCGUGGAAAGAGCCCUGGAACAGCAGCGUUUCUGUUAUUUAAUUGUAGGUCCUUGUUCAAGGUUUCCUCUCUUCUUGAGUCUGUUUCUUUGUUGACAGUAACACCAAUUCUAAUACUAAUAACAGUGAACAACAGUAAUACCCCUUCCAUUAAUAGAAUGCUUACUACAUGCCAGGCACUUCACGUGCAUCACUUCAUUUAACCUUUAUACCAACCUAAAGAAGGGAGAAUAUUAUUAGUCAAUUUUUAUUGAUAAGGAAACUAAGGCUUGGAGAAAAGUGAUUUUCCCAGGAUACCAUAGAUACUGGGUAACAUCCUGACUCAAGGCCAAAGAUGACCUAGAGAAGAAGGUUUAGCCGGAAGCUGAGUAUCUCCCUCAGCAGCAUUAACCUUCACCUCCCCCAAAACCCUCUAAGUAAACUCAACUAGGGGAGAAAUGUGUGUGCUUUCUAAACACAGCUUCUAUUAAUGGGUAAGCUCCUUACCUUCCUCUCCAGCAGAUUGCCCAUCUUUAAUCCCUUCCUAUAUAGAAAUUCUGGAGCUGCUACAGAACAGAAACUUAAGGCCUGGGGUUAUUUCAGAGGCCCUUUCUGGCUCCGAUAGACUAUUACUUCAGGCCUCUCAUGGUGGGGCUGGUAGGGAAGCGGAUGAUGAGUGCACAGGUCUCUCUGAAAGUGACCUUGGUGGAGUCCUGUUUUCUCCUGUGGCCUGCCCAAUCGCUCCGGUCCUUGAGGGCUCUUGGAGAGACUGCCUUCUGUGCUAAAGAACCAUAAGGGUCUGCCACCCUCUACUUGAAGACCCCAAAGCUGGGGCACUUUAUAUCAUGGCUGUAAUAUGUUGUUAUUAAGGUUCUCUGUUAAAUACUGAGAAAAUUCAGCUGCUCCACUAUGUAAUACCUAAAAGGUGCCAUUUCUUGAGUGCUUUUCUAUGAACACUACACAUGCAUUAUUUUACUUAAUUGAUACUACUGGGUUGGCCAAAAAGUUCGUUCGGGCUUUUCCAUAGCGUGGUGUGGAAAAACCCAAACAAACUUUUUUGGCCAACCCAAUACAAUCCUAUGGGAUAGGAAUUAGUCUUCCCAUUCUGAGGUGAGUAUGCAAGCUCAGAGAGGUUAAGUGAGUAGCUGAAGGCUGCAUCUAUCUGGUAGGGUUGGAAGAUUCUGAGAUUCUACAGUGGACACCUUGGAAGGAGCAGCUGUCCCAGGGCCCAGAGUCAGAUUCUCAUCAUGCCUCCAGCCUGCUGUGAGCAGUUGACCAGUAAAGAUAAAUCAUUCACCAUCUCCAUCUGCCUCUCAGCCACUCAGGGCUUUACCAGCUGAUCUCAGGCCCUGGGAAAAUCCUCCCCCUCAGCCCCACCAACAAAGGUCCAGAUAGGCCCUUGAACUUCUUCAGGGUGAAGUGGAACCACAGCCCAAGUCACUUCCCUUUUUGAGGCCAGGUUCCUCAUCUAGUGCAGAGGGCAGUGGUGGUUUUGUCAUUUUCUAGUAAUUACAGCUUCAAUUUUCCUUUGGAGAACUAUCUCCCCAUUGUCAGUCCAUGUUUUGAGUGAAAGAGAUUCCACUCCUGGUACCAAUUUCUAUAUUAGUCAGGAGUCUUAGCGGUAACUGAUAAAUAUCCCACCCAAACGGGUUUAAGCAAAGCCAAAACAUACACCAGAAAUCAAACCCACCCUGGAUAAUUAACCCUCUCACAGGAACAGCCCAGGGGUUGCUACUUGAAUUGCUGGAUUCAGGUUGUUUAUGUGAGCUCCAUUUAUCCCCGAUUACGAAGGGGGCAGCGGAGUCUCAUGGAGACAGUGAUUUGACCAACGUCAAAGAGCCAGUAAACGCGAAAGGAAGGGCUUCCCUGGUGGCGCAGUGGUCAAGAAUCCACCUGCCAAUAUAGGGAACAUGGGUUCGAGCCCUGGUCCAGGAAGAUCCCUAUAUGCCGCGGAGCAACUACUGAGCCUGCGCGCCUAGAGCCCGUGCUCUGCAAUGGGAGAAGGCACCGCGAUGAGCAGCCCCCGCUCGCCGCAACUAAAGCUAGCCCGUGGGCAGCAAGGAAGACUCAACGCACCCAAAAA